GCAGUCACAGGAUUCAUUGAAGUUUAACUUGAUGCAGAAACGGCGAUUAUAAAAUGCUGAAUGGAUUAAAAGUUAAUUGCAAUGUAAACUACACGUUAAGAUGGUUUAAUUUCGACGUAGUAUAAACCGAAUUCGAUUUAUGUAUUCGUAGAUUUAUUUCUUCAUCAUGUGUCGAAACCAGCGGAUUUUAUUCAGCGGAGUUCUUCUCGCGCUCGUCUUCCUGUUUGUCCUUUAUCACAUAAAAUAUGAUUCCUGGAGUAAAACCUCUCUUCAGAUACUCAGCUUCUCCAAAGCCACAAGUUGCAACAGUGAACCAGAGACCCAAAGUCACCCCAAACCAAAUAUAGGGCCGUUCCCUAAAGAAAAUUCUUUAUCCUGUACCUGCCAAAAAACUGAGCCAGCAAACCGUUUUGUGUCAAAGGAUGAACUAGAAGAUCUUCAGAAACGUAGAGCAGAAGAAUACAGACAACACCAGAUCAGGAUGGGUAAACAAAAUGAUGUUCUUGUUCUUGCCCCUCCCAAUACUCCACUCCAGUAUCCCAUCAAAGGAUUCAGAGUGACUCCAUUAAAUAAAACACUCAUUCCUGGUCUAGCUCUGCAAACACAAAACCGAACAAUUUACAAGGUGUCACUGAGGGUACAGAAAGGUCUGCUGUCUGUAAUGAAUGUUAAGGAGGAUGAGAUUGUUUUGGGCCAGAAUGAGGGAUUUCUGACAAUAUCAUCCGACAGCCUUGAACAGAUCAAUAAACUGCUGAGCAGAGUGACCUACACCAGCACCAUCUACCACAUCAAGACUGAAGAUCUUGCUUACUUAUCUUUUGAGAACCAUGAGGUCAUAUUCCCCAUUGAGAUCAGACGUCUAUCAGUUCCUAUUCUUUAUAACCCAGGGAAAGAUAUAAACUCUCAGGUGACUAUACUGGUUAAGGCAUUCUUGAGAUAUGAAGAACUAAAGGUUCUCAUCCAGAGUGUUCGUGUGAACUACCCAAGCAUAAAGAUCAUUGUAGCAGAUGACAGUCUUAACCCAGAAAAGGUUGUUGGUGAUAAUAUUGAGCAUUACAUUAUGCCUCCAGCACAGGGUUGGUUUGCUGGCAGAAAUCUGGCAGUCUCACAAGUCACAACGAAAUACUUCUUAUGGGUAGAUGAUGAUUUUCUGUUUCUGAAUGAAACCCGUAUAGAGAGAUUUUUGGAGAUCAUGGAAGCCAAUCCUGAAUUAGAUGUGGUUGGUGGUGAAGUUGAUGGAAAUCAUUUUUCCUUUAAAUUGCAAUAUGACGAAGGGAACAGCGAGGAAGGCGGCUGCAUCACACGUAUCAGUGGUACUCACACACCCCUGCCGGGGUUUAAUGGAUGCUUCUACACCGACGGAGUUGUCAACUUCUUUUUGGGCCGAACGGAUGCCGUGCGAAAAGUCGGAUUUGACCCGUUUCUCAAACGGGUGGCUCACACUGAGUUCUUCAUUGAUGGACUGGGAGAUUUGUUAGUCGUCACCUGCAGCGGUCUUAAGAUCGGCCAUCAAAAACGCAAGAACACAGGCAAUUAUAACAGCUACAGGCAUCCGGGACAAAAUGACGGACACAUGAAAACAAGUCAUCAUUUUUUUAAGAAUCAUCUAAAAUGUAUCAAGUAUUAAGGAGCAUCACAGCACCCUCACAUACAGCAGUAAAGCAACAUUAUUGGUGAAUACAUUUAUUUGUAAUUUUUUUAUGUACAUUGAAAAAAAAUCAUGUGAUCAGUAAGUCAUAUCAAGCUAUGUUUUUACAGUACCUAUCAAAUUAUUAUUAUUUUUUAUUUGUUUUAGUUGUAUAAAUGUAUCGCUCUUUUUGCAUUGUAUACAUUAAUUUAUCUUACCGUUCAAAAGUUUACGAUCACUUACUGAUGAUUUUUUUUAUGAAUCAUAAUAUACUAGUCACCAUUUUAAGUGGAUCAAAAAAUUUCAAAGGUGUCCUUAGACAAGAACAGGUAUUAAAUAUUGGUUUAAAGAAAGGUUUUGAUCCACUUUAAAUGUUGACUACUGUAUACUUAAGCAUCUUGUAAAAAAGCUCAUAUUGGAUGACAACAUACUGAAAGAAAUUGACAGAAUUAAAAAUAAUUUGACAAACAUUUCAGUCACGUGACCCUAAACUUUCUAAUGGUGUAUAUAAGUUGUAAAAUAAGAUAUAAACUAUUUAUUGAAAGCACUUUUGUCUGUCAUUGAAUGUUUGGAUCUUGUUUAAAAGAGAGUAUCUGCAAAAUAAAGGACAAUCAGGGUGAGUUUUAUAAAUA